AUGCCGGGGGGUGUGGGGGCCCUGGAGGAAGAAGAGGAGGAAGAUGAAAGGAGAAGAGUGUUUGAGGAGCCUUUGUGUGCUGUGGUCCAGAACUGCACCGUUCUACACAACAUCGUGGGCCCCGCCUGCAUCUUCCUCAGAGAGGCGUUCAUUCAGAGCCAGCUCGACAGAGACCUACGGCCAGAAGAGAUUGAAGAGCUGAAGGAGGCGUUCGGGGAGUUUGAUAAGGAUAAAGAUGGCUACAUCAGCUGUAAGGAACUGGGAGAGUGCAUGAGGACUAUGGGGUACAUGCCCACUGAGAUGGAGCUCAUCGAACUCAGCCAGAACAUCUGUGGAGGCAGAGUGGACUUUGAGGACUUUGUGGAGCUGAUGGGUCCCAAAAUGUUGGCAGAGACAGCAGACAUGAUUGGAGUGAAGGAGCUCAGGGAUGCUUUCAAAGAAUUUGACUCGAACGGGGACGGUCAGAUAAGCCUGGCUGAACUGAAGGAGGCCAUGAAAAAGCUGGUGGGGGAGCAGCUCAACCAACCAGAGAUCGACGAGAUCCUCCGAGAUGUCGACCUCAACGGGGACGGCCUGCUCGACUUCGAGGGUGAGGGGAGAGUGUGGGAUGAGGGGGAGAAGAGUUUGUCAGGAUGA